UUGUUUCUACAUUUUUUUCUUCAACAGUGGAGGAAAUUUAUAUCAAAUGGCCUCUAAAUUGGACUGUGUCACAUGGAACCCUGUCAAUACACUGGCAUCCAGCAUUAAGAGCCAUGCCACAGGCUAUGACAGUGACCCCAGCUCCCCCAUGGUGUACAGCUGCAGCACACAGUACCGCAUACACACACAUGGAGUCUUCAGAGGCAUACAGGAUAUGCAGCGGGGGCCCAGCCUACCUCAAGCCAUAGUUCGGUCAGAGAGCAACGAGAAGCGUCCCUUUAUGUGUGCCUACCCAGGAUGCAACAAGCGCUACUUCAAGCUUUCCCAUUUACAGAUGCACAGUCGCAAGCACACAGGGGAGAAACCCUACCAGUGUGAAUUUACAGACUGUGGCAGGAGGUUUUCUCGCUCUGACCAGCUCAAAAGACACCAGAGGAGGCACACAGGAGUUAAACCUUUCCAAUGCGAGACGUGUCAGAGAAAAUUCUCACGAUCUGACCACCUUAAGACACACAACCGGACUCAUACAGGUGAGAAGCCUUUUAACUGCCGUUGGCCUAACUGUCAGAAGAAGUUUGCCCGCAGCGAUGAGUUGGUGAGACACCACAACAUGCACCAGAGGAACCUCACCAGACUCCAGCUGGCCAUCUGA